UCGUUUGAAACGGUAAUUAUUAAACAUAUACAAUACUCAAUACCUAUAUGUAUACUCGUAUAUAUAUUUUACCAUAGCGCAUAGGUGGAACAUAGGGCCUCUCAAUACAUGGGCAUAAAUAUAAUAUAUAUGCCGAUCAAAUAAAAACUUUAAUCAGCUCGUCGGUUACAUAAAUAGAAAAGUAUUGAUGAUCUACGAAGGUAAUUAAUACUACUUGUAAAGGGACAAAUGCAGUUAUCAACCUGCAGCAGUAUAAAUAGGAGGCUACAAUGAAGAAAUUUAGUAGUUCACUAAGUGAAGUUGUCAACCGAGAAAAUCAGAAUGAAAUACUUUAUGUGUAUUGUGAUGCUUGCAGUCGUCGCGCUGGUAAAAGCCGAUGACUGGAGCCCAAAGACCGUUGAUGAUAUUAAAAGUAUUCGCGAGGAAUGUGUCAAACAAGUGCCAGCCAGCGAUGAGGAAUUCGAAAAGAGGAAAGAGAAUGAAUAUCCCGAUGUAGAGUCAGUGCGAAAGUAUGUCCUGUGCACUAGUAAAGCAUGGGGACUCUACGAGGAUGGUAAAGGCUUUAAUGCCGAUCGUGUUGCCCAGCAGUUCAAAGGCGAUUUAACGGAAGACGAGAUCAAAACCAUUGUACAUGAUUGUGAUGCAAAGACCAAGGAGGACACCGAUGACGAGAGAGCCUACCAUAUUAUGAAGUGUACUUGUUCAACAAAACUCGGUGAAGAUAUUAAAGAGAUCUUAAAGAGAUCAGAGUAAGAGUUGGAGGUGCACUGUUUAAACUAUAGAUUAUCACCAUUAUAGUUUGUGAUAUACCUUAUUAUAUUAAUAAAAAAAUUUUGGUAAAUAAGCAAUGAAAA